AUGAGUGUGGGUGAAGACGACUUCGAAGUGAUCAGAACAUUGGGCGAAGGAUGUUUUGGCAAAGUAAGUUCAGCUUUCUUGAAUUGAGUCAAUCUCCUUCAUCUCACUGUAUGUUGUUGUACAUCUUUUCUGUUUUCUUCUUGAAUUUAUAUGAUGAAUUCGGAAUUAUAGUAUGUAGAAAUAGCAGGAUAUUUCAAUACAGUACGUCUUUUAUUAAAAACAGUUGAUUUCAGCUUAUAGUUUAGAAGUUUAGGUAUGAUUUGACAUGCAAAAUAUAAUUUUAGGUAAUACUUGUCCGUAAGAUGACUGGAAAAGACAAAUCCAAGGAAUAUGCGAUGAAGCAAAUUAACAAAGGUCGUGUUGUCCACAAUCCCAUCUUGAAGGCAGGUGUUAUGGACGAGAGAGACAUCAUGUUACAAGUGGCUGGAGUUUCUUUCUUUCCUCAACUCUACUACACGUUCCAGACUCCCAGCUUCUUGUACUACUUGAUGGAUCCUGUGGAUGGAUGUGAGUUGUUCGAAUUUAUGAACAAAAUGGGAGUAUUCAGUCCAGAAGUAGCCAAGUUCUACGUCUGUCAGAUCGCCAUGAUCCUUGGAUACCUACAUGAUCGUGGCAUCGUCUUCAGGGAUCUGAAGCCAGAGAACAUGAUGGUACGCGUUGAUACGGGUAAGAUAUUGCUUUAUAUUUUUGUUGUUUGUAUUUUAAAGGAUAUUAAAGGGCACAACUUAGUAUAGGGAAUAUUGUACUUGGUUUAUGGGUAAUAAAUCGAUGUAUUUGUCUUAAAGAUUUUUAGGUUGGGUUAGUCUUUGUUUAGGCUUUAUAUUCACUGUAUUUAAUUUUAGGCUAUCUUCAACUGGUCGACUUUGGGCACGCAACCAGUGGUAUAACCGACUACAAUCACAAGAUGUAUACUUUUUGUGGAACCAGAGUUUACAAGAGCCCAGAGAUGGUUAACUUCACUGAAGGAUACACUUGGUCGUGUGACUGGUGGGCUUUGGGGAUUAUGAUGUACGACAUGUUGUACGGUACCGUGCCUUACGAUCAUCCUGAUGAAAAUGUUCUGGACAAAAUGGUAAAUCUUUGAUCUUUCUUCGUUUACUGUGGAGAAGGGUACUGUAAUUAUAUAAUUUUGUAAUUUUAAAGCUGUUGUAAAACAUGUAAAUUUAGAUCCUUGAAGGCAAAAUUGAACUACCAAAAACAUCGACCAAGAUCAAAUUCGAUGAGAAGUCGUGGGAAGUUGUUCAGGAGUUCUUGCAUCCUGACUUCAACAGCAGGUUGGGAGCUGGUCAUGAUGACUUCCUCGAGAUACGGUAUCAUCCGUACUACUCAAACUACGAUUGGGCAGCCUUGGAGGCACAAACGGUAUGUCUUUGGGAUAACUUUAUUGUUAUCGGCCGGUCAAAAAGUUUGCAGAAUUUUUCUGUGGUCUAAUUUGAACUCUUAAUUGAUUGUCACAACAAUUUGUUUGUUUACAUAAGUUUUUGACGUUUAGUUAAGGCACUGUUGUGUUAACUUUAGUAAGGGCAGAACUGUUCUUUCUAUAAUUAAUGAAUUUCAGCUGCCAACACCGUUAGGCGAUCUAUCGCAGACUCUGGUCGCAUCUGUAGAACCGGCUGUCGGCUUUCUGGGACCGUGUAAGUCGGUAUCAUACAACUUUGAUGGCUUCGAAUACACUCACCCAUCUCUAACUGAAGAUAUAGGUAUCGACGAUAUUUGCAACUUCCAGUCAACUAUGUUAUACUAG